GGGCCUGUGAGACAGAUGGCAACACGCUCUCCCCUCGGAGCAGACGCCCGGCAUUCGACACCUCCCGCCCGUGCUCACACUAGGUCCAGGUCACAAAAUAGCCCGCUUUGAACUUACUUCAGGGCUGCAGAGAAACACACCCCCCUACACGUCGACGCACGGACACGCACCCGAAACCCCGCCCCCAACUCAGCGGGGACUCAGUCCCUAGGCCCAGGAUCUUCCUAAUGCAUGAUCCCAGCCAUGCACGACCCUGGGUUUUGCAAGAAAAGACCCCUGAGCAGCAGCGCAGGCUCCUGGAGAAUGCAAGCUCCCACCUGGCCUAGCUCCCCCCCCCUCCCUGCUCUCCCUCCGCCCCCCGCCGCUGUCUUCAUCUCUCCAUCUCUGUGCUGCUGCCGGCUGCGCAAUCUGCACACCGAGACUCCGACGCCAGCCAGGGACCCCGACUCCUGCUACAGGGACCCUGUCCCAGCGAGACCACAGGCAUGUCAUCGGAAAAGUCAGGCCUCUCAGACUCAGUCCCCCACACCUCUCCACCACCCUAUAAUGCCCCCCAGCCCCCGGCCGAACCCCCCGCCCCUCCCCCACAGGCAGCCCCUUCCUCUCACCACCACCACCACCACCACUACCACCAGUCCGGGACCGCCACCCUCCCGCGCUUAGGGGCAGGCGGCCUGGCUUCUUCCGCGGCCACUGCUCAGCGCGGUCCCUCAUCUUCCGCCACUCUGCCGCGGCCACCACACCACGCCCCGCCCGGCCCGGCCGCCGGGGCGCCCCCACCCGGCUGCGCUACCUUGCCCCGCAUGCCACCCGACCCUUACCUGCAGGAGACUCGCUUCGAGGGCCCACUGCCCCCGCCGCCGCCAGCCGCCGCCGCGCCGCCCCCGCCAGCGCCCUCUCAUACUGCCCAGGCUCCGGGCUUCGUGGUGCCCACGCACACGGGGGCGGUAGGCACGCUGCCACUGGGGGGCUAUGUAGCCCCCGGCUACCCCUUACAGCUGCAGCCUUGCACUGCCUACGUGCCGGUCUACCCGGUGGGCACGCCCUAUACAGGCGGGACCCCGGGGGGAACAGGAGUAACCUCCACGCUCCCCCCGCCGCCCCAGGGCCCAGGGUUGGCCCUGCUGGAGCCGAGGCGCCCGCCGCACGACUACAUGCCCAUCGCGGUGCUGACCACCAUCUGCUGCUUCUGGCCGACGGGCAUCAUCGCCAUCUUCAAGGCCGUGCAGGUGCGCACGGCCUUGGCCCGCGGAGACAUGGUGUCUGCCGAGAUCGCUUCACGCGAGGCCCGGAACUUCUCCUUCAUCUCCCUGGCGGUGGGUAUCGCAGCCAUGGUGCUCUGUACUAUCCUCACCGUAGUCAUCAUCAUUGCCGCGCAGCACCACGAGAACUACUGGGACCCGUAACGACUCGCCCGGCCCGGCCCCACCCCGCGCCCCUCAACCUCCCAAGCGCGUUCUGCAGCCACGCCGCGGAUCCAGUGGGUGCCCCGCACACCUGCCUCUGGGGCCACCAAAUUUCGAUACAUCCUAAACUCGGCCUCCACGGAACUUCUCGCCUUGCGGGCACGCUCCGAAUCCAGUUCCUCAGGAACCCCGAAAAAACCCCCACCCCCAGAAAUACCACUUCCCAGGAUCCCCGCCAAAUGCCCGGCCCUCAGUCACUCCAGUCCCCCGCCGCCUCUAAAUGCAGCGCCCCCAGCCGAGCUCCUUCGGUCUCCGCUCCCCAGCCGGAGACUGGUCCCCAAAGCCCCGCCUCCUCUUUAGGCUCCGCCCCGGCUCCGACAAAACCCCGCCUCCAGGUCGGCAGGCUCCGCCUUCUUUUUGUCCCCGCGGGGUGAUUCAGUCCAGUGAUUGGGUUGUGGCCAUAAGGCUUCUCCCCACACUGACAGACUCCUCCCCUUCUCCUGGCGCAGGGACCUAGCCCCGGGGUAGCCACGCCCCCACGCUCUCUCAUCUUUUCGUAGUACAGUUUUGUCUCUUCCACCCCGGUCUCUUCCUAUUUUCUUGCUAAUCCCAGAACCUCUACUUUUGGUAUUUUUGGAAUGAGAUUUGGGAGGUUCCCAGUUUAGGACCUUUCACCCUGGGAUGACGAAAGCCCCCGUUCUCUGUAAAUAUUCCCUUCCACCUAUCCCAACCAGUGGGCAGCUGGGCAGAAGGUAACCCAGGGUACGGACCUCCCAGCGUCGGGAGGAGCCAGCCUGCUCCCCGCUCCCCUCGGCAGUCCCCACCUUGUUCUGAUUUGUGUGUGAGUGUGUGUGUGAAUUUCUGAAAGAAUAUUAAAGAGACUAAGUGGAUUUAUCACCCGCAAUUCCAAAGACUGCAGCCUUGCAAAGACCCUCCUCUUUUGUUUGCCCCUUUUACCUCCCCUUAGCUUCCCUUCCAAGGGAAAGAGAUAAAGAAAACUGACAGAGACAAAAGUGGGAGGAGCAGAUCUCCAAGACACCAGAAAGACAGACACAACCCUGGGGGCUGGGGGCAGGGGCAGGGAUCUCCUUAGGAAUUCCACCAGGGAGAUCUGGUAUGAGGUCCAUUCUUGAUGGGGAUUUCUUUCCCUAGUACACAUUCCCACUUCCUACUAGACUGGGCUUAGGGCUGUGAAGAGAGAGCAUUUACAGUUAGACCCAAUAUCUAUCCCCAGAACUCCAGGAAAUCAGGAGAAAAGGACAGACUGUUCUGAGGAAGUUGGUCAGGGACAGGGUGGCAGAGAAAAGAUGCCAACUGCCUACAGCUGUUCCUGCCUUUGAGCCAGAGGGUGGCAAACAAUUUCGAUUAGAGCCCUACGUGGUUUGUUGUACCUGUAAAAGCAAAGGGAGCAGAGUGCUAAGGGAGGCCAUCUCAAUCCAUUCAGGUUGCUGUAACAAAAAUACUAGACUGGGUGGCUUAUAAGCAGCAGAAAUUUAUUUCUCACAGUUCUGUAGGCUGGAAGUCUGAGAGCAUAGCAGAGUCGGGUGAGGGCCCUCUUCUGAGUUACAGACUUAUCAUUGUAUC